CCAAAAAGCACAAGCACAGCUGUCAAAACAUUUCACAACUUUUAACUUUUAUCCAUAGCCGAGACAAAAGAAAUUUGUUUUCUUUACAAAAAAAAAACAAUCCGAAGGAAAAUAUUUCGCAAUUUUUUAUACAAACGUACUAUAAGUACCAUAAAUACAGGAUCAUCAACUAUUUUAAGCAUAGUAAUUGUAAGUAAAUCACACACAUACACAAUGGCUGCCAACAACAACAACAAUACAAACAACAAUCAACCACUUCCAAUGACGUCGUCGAAUAAUUGUUGGGGAACUGUUCCAAAACCCAUUGUGGAAGACAUGAAUUUCGCUGCCAUUGUAAAAAAUCAGAAAAAAGAAAAAGUCCUUAAGCAAGCAACCGAAAGAGAAAAACGUAAGCAGCAAGAAGAACGUGAUUUAGAGGAGGCUUUGGUCAAAAGCCUUGAAAUGGCCACUAUGCAAGAUGCCCAGCCGGAUGAGGACGAAGAUGAAUGGGAUUUACUUAAUGAAGAAGAUGACUUCAAAUUCAUUUUGCCACCAGAAGUUUUGGAAUUCCUUAAAAGUGAAGAAGAAGAGCUGGCUGCAGCUGAAAAGGCAGCCUUAGAAGGCUGUGAGUCGGAUGCUGUAAUUGCUCAAAUGUUGCAGGCUCAAUUCGACAAGGAAUACAAUGAAGAAGUAAAGCGUAUCGAAAAAGCCCAAAAUAAACAAUCCAAGAUUACGGUGUGCUUGGAUAAGUAUAUCAAGCCCUACAUCAGGGAUGUGGGUGAAGACCUCGAAAGUGAUGAUUACGAAGAAGAUGAGAUACAUCGUGAAAAACGUGAUUGGGAUCGUUUUGAGACUAACGAACGUAUACUGGAAGCCAUACCCAAGUGUGGCUAUGGCAUGGAUAAGGAUGGUGAAAUGAUUACAAAACAUGAUGAAAAGUUGUGUGGUGUGCGGAAUGCUUGCCGCAUGAUGUCGCUGCCGUUGGAAUUUGCAACUGGUGACGGGGCUGGUUUUGAUAUGAAACUGUCGAAUAGGGUUUUUAACGAACUUAAAACCUAUUCCCGCAAGGGCCAGAAGAAGAACGCUCGUAUGCAGGAUCGUAAGGAUAAUGUCGCCACCGCCGAAAUGGGUGUCGAUGGUCGUACUCGUUUAAUACUCUACAAAUUGAUUAACAAUUUGAUUUUGGAACAAAUUAAUGGCAUCAUUUCUACCGGCAAGGAAGCUGUUAUCUUACAUGCAAAUUCUGAUCCUGCCUUUGUUGGACCAGAUCCAGAAAAUCCCCUUGUUAUGCCCAAGGAGUGCGCUGUGAAAAUAUUUAAAACCACUCUUAAUGAUUUCAAGCAGCGUGAUAGAUACAUCAAGGACGAUUAUCGUUUCAAGGGCCGUUUCAAUGUUCGUUUCGGCAAACAGAACAACUUCGUCAUCAUUAAUAUGUGGGCCGAAAAGGAAAUGCACAAUUUAACCCGCAUGCAGAGUGUGGGAAUCAAUUGCCCCGAAGUUGUAAUGCUCAAGAAACAUGUGCUGGUCAUGUCGUUUAUCGGUGAAAAUAAUAAGGCCGCUCCCAAACUUAAAGAUGCUAUUCUCAGUGCAGCCCAAUGGAUUGCCGCCUACGAUGAGGUGGUAACUGCAAUGUACAAGCUAUACAAUGAGGCUAAAUUGGUACAUGCCGAUUUGAGUGAAUACAAUAUUUUGUGGCACGACGAUAAAUGCUGGUUUAUUGAUGUUGCCCAAUCGGUGGAACCGCAACAUCCCUCAGCACUGGAGUUCCUAAUGAGAGAUUGUAACAAUAUUGUCAGUUUCUUUGAGAAGAAGGGUGUUCCCAAUUGCCACACCAAGGAGCAGCUAUUCGAACACAUUACAUCCCUCAAUGCCGAAACAAUUAAUGUCGCCAUGCUGGAACGUAUCCACACCAAAGGUGCCAACAUACAACUGGCCACCGCUCCAAAUCAAGAUGAAUGUCCCCUGGAGGCUAAACCAUUGGAAUAUCCAUUUGAUUUGGCAUGGGAAAAAACCAUGCAGAAUGCCGCCAAUGUUGACUGUAAAGUACAAGCUGCAUUAGUUGAGAAUGCGAAAACUGAAUCAUCCAUGCCACAACCAAUUAUUGUUAAUUCUCUUACUGACACUGCCAACAUUUAAUUAACACAAGGCAUAUAACAAUUUAUCAUAAAUACACAUAUUUAAGUAGACUUUUGUGGUAUCUUUCUCUGAGAAGAUAAAAUACUAAUUUAAAUUAUUAAGAUUUUAACAAAAACUGUUGUGUGCAGGAAGCGAAACACCCUUUUGACAAAGGUAAUAAAUGGUAGCUUUAGAAACUCCAAAACAA